CACUGUCAUGGUGAACGCACUUAACAAGAAUUCCUGAGGGAAAUAUCCUCGCGACCCUCGCUGUCAAGGUAUUUUCCGUCCGACCAAGCUCAAUGCCAGAAGAGCGCACAAUGUCAGUAUUCACGCGGAUGAACUCUGCGCUGCGAAAUCGUCAAAAUGUUAGUACACUUGUGAACAUGACACAGAUCCGGCAGUGGUACAUGUAUGAUUCUACUUCCAAACAUCCAGAGCGUCCGAGCAUCAAUUUUUAUGGCCUCGACGCCCAACUGUUUGGGUCCGGACCGAAAGUAGGCAAACAGCACCAUGAUACGAGGAACAGCUUGUUGUCGACCGAAAGUGCUGGAGGAGAUGAAGAAAUCGAAGAUGAUGAGUCCAGUUCUUGGUUGGACAAUGCGGAAGAGAGUUUCACCGCAUGCAAUGAUGCUGAUUUCAACGUCGAAUCUGAGAUAGAUCUCAGUGCAGAGAGAUUGUUGGCUGUAUUGGCGGAGGUAAGUCCUGGUGGCACACACAAAGACAAGGGAAAAGGCAAAGUCACAGCUGAGGUUGAGAUCGAGGGGAAUGAUAACGUCGAUAACGACUGGCCGGAAGAAUGGGAUCCAUGAGCGGCUAGCUAGGUCAUUAGCAAUGUUUUUGCCCGCUAAACACAACGUCACGUGACUUGCUAAAAAGUGGCUAAUAAUCCGCUAGUUAAUAACUCCCCAAGAGCCGCCUGGCUAAAAAGCAGGCUAAUAAUUUGUCGAUUAAUUUUAUCCCUAACCCUAUAGCUCAAGUCGCUGACACCAUUUACUAGCUAGGUCGGGCUGUGGUGCAGCCGCUCCGGGAAUGUGGGACACCUGCUUACGAAUUCGAUCGUGCCGUAUGGGGUCUGCAAUGGUGAGUAGGUAUGAAGAAAGAUUUAUUCAAGCAAGGACGUGGUUAGGGAAAAAUGAAUGCGGGGAACUGACAGCAUAGAUGCCGGAAUAUUCCGGUGGCUGUGGCGCCUCUGUCACGGUAUUAGGUCACGGUGUAGUAGAUACUAGA